GACAAAUACUCAACAGCGAAGCGACACCAUAGCGGCCACUUCCGGCAUGCUACAGCCGAGGUAUGGGAUCCUCACCCCCAGUACGAGUUCACCGCCUUUGGACGACGGUUUCGUUUACGUUUGGCUCACGACACCAGUUUCGUAUCACCGAAUAUCACGGUGAGACCAACAUCUCCUGAAUGUCCAUCAGCAUUAAUUUGCAGCGAGUUUUAUUUCACGAGUUUCGAUGAAUUUAUCAAACCGUCAACCACGCCGAUUUUCGUGCUUUUAUUGCCUUGCCGCGAAUUAUCAAUUACUCACAUGACUGAGGAUACUAGCAGAAGGGAAUAUCCACGCCAUGAACUCGGAUGUUUCUACAGUGGGACGGUAGACGGUGAUCCAUAUUCUGCUGUUACUGUCAGUCUUUGCCACGGAAUGGGGAACCUGUUAUUCGUGAAAUAUUUCAGGCAUUGCGAAACAACGACAUAUUCACGAUAAUAACUUGUGCUACUUUGUUGAUCUCCUUUACAUUUAAUAUAUUUAUAUUCUGCUACGUAGGCGAACUUCUCUCUGAACAGGUAGUUGCAAAAGAAUUUCGCAUGUUUCAAAAAUCUCCAUUUUAUCAAUUACUCUUAACGAUCUGUAGACAAGUCGGUGAAAAUUCCUACAAGAUCGGUUGGUAUAACUUGCCAGCUAAGGACGCUUACGAUCUUAUUCCAUUGAUCUCCGUAUCUCAGUCUCCACCAAAGCUGACAGCUGGAAAAAUAAUCGAAUUAUCUCUCGACACUUUUAGCUCUGUGAGUUUACAGUUUUAUAGUAGUUAGCAGUUGUAGUAAUUAGCAUAGUUGUAGUAAUUUAGCAUAGUAAUUAAAUUAAAGCUCUGUAUUUAACUAUUUUCAGGUAACGAAAACGUCGCUGGUUUAUUUAAAUUUACUUCAAACACUUACAGACUGGUAAUUAAGCAUACAUUUUUUUUGAUAUUUCCAUAUAAUUGCUAUAAUCACUACAACUGUUUUAUCACUGAGAAAAAUUGUUUUACAGAUAUCUCGUUCUUCAACCGAAAUCUACGUUUAUUUCAUUUCCUGGAUUGUAUCCGACGUUUAUACUUGUAGUAUAAUCUACACUAAUUUGUAGAUUAUAAAAUAUACAGAAUACAAAUUUACGUAUAUUUGAAGACUAAAUCUUAUGAUAAUAAAGAC